CUCCAUUUUAUAUGAUUGACAAAUCCUCGUACAUGUAAGUACCGGUAGUACCAAUAUCGAGGCGUGCAUGCAGCCUUGAGCCUCCUGCGACGCGAUCUGCCUUCUUCCUUAUCGUGGCAGGCCUUUCCGCUGCAUUCGUGCAAGAGCGACCUAAUCACUGCGCCGUUCGAGUCUUCAUUCUCGGCCUUAGCAGCUCAUGUAGGCCAGAAUGACGCGCGCGCGACUGUUCUUGUCCGCGGCUCGCGGGUUCCUCGCGAGGCGCGGAGAUCCAACGGCUGGCAGCCACUCUGCUGGUGCUGCUGUUACCGCGGAUUCCUUCCUGUGCCACGUCAGCAGGGCUUUAAGCUCCUGUUCGUGGAUCCGAUCCGCAGAUCUCGAUCCAAGCCGUCCAGAGAUCGGGCCUGAUGAUCUCAACCGCUCGCUCCUUCGAAAUACGUCCACGUGUUCCUUAGUCUCCUCCGUGCCGCACAAUGGCGGCUCGAUCUGCCGAGCCGCUAGACCUAGAAGCUACAGGUACAGCACGAACGCCGCGAGCGCGACCGACGCUGCUGGAUUAGCGGAGGCCGCCGGAUUGCACGACGACCCGAACGAGGGUAGCAUAAGCGAGGGUAGUACGCGCAACGAGGCGAUUCGCAACGUGGCGAUCAUAGCGCACGUGGAUCACGGCAAGACGACGCUCAUGGACCGCCUCAUCCGCGCCUCCAGCUCCACCGCUGCUACCACCGCCGCCAGCGGCGGCGGCGGCGGCGGUGGGGGAGGGGGAGGGGGAGGGGAGGAGGGGGAGGAGGGGGAGGAGGAGGGGGAGCAGGUGGCGGGGGUUCGGCGGCAGCCGAUUUGCCGUGCGAUCGAGUGAUGGACUCCAUCGCUCUGGAGCGCGAGAGAGGAAUCACGAUCGCGUCCAAGUACACGUCGGUCACAUUCAGAGGAACCACUCUCAAUCUUGUGGACACACCUGGCCAUGCGGACUUUGGAGGGGAGGUGGAGCGGGUAAUGGGCAUGGUGGACGGAGCGCUCCUGCUGGUCGACGUGGCGGAGGGUCCCUUGGCACAGACCAAGUUUGUGCUGGGGAAGGCUCUGCAGAGGGGCUUAAAGCCCAUUGUCGUGCUCAACAAGUGCGACCGGCCCUCAGUGACCACCCAGAUGGUGCAUCAGGUGGAGUCAGCCAUCUUCGACCUCUUUGCUUCCUUUGACGCCACAGAGGAGCAGCUGGACUUCCCUGUGCUCUACGCCUCGGCCCGACACGGCUGGGCGAGCUCCUCUUGGCCGCCACCGCAGCUCUCGAUGGCAGGGUCCGACCCUGUAUCAGCAGCAGCAGCAGCAGCAGCAAAGGGGGAGAGUGGGGUGGUGCCUAUUCUUGAGGCGAUUCUUGACCGUGUUCCUCCGCCAGUCGUGGACCCAACAGCGCCCUUCCAGAUGCUGGUGUCAUUAAUCGACAGGGACCCGUUUCUAGGCCGCCUGCUGAUUGGUCGGAUAGCAUCGGGUGUGGUGCGCGUGAACGACAGGGUGCGAGCGCUGACGAGGGACAGCGAAGGGGAGGCGUUUUCGCUGGAGGAAAGCAAGGUGGUGAAGCUGGUCAAGCGGAGGGGAGUAAAAUCCGAAGAUAUGAGUGAGGCAGCAGCAGGGGACAUAGUGGCAGUGGCGGGGAUGACACACGCACACGUCUCCCACACUCUUGCUGAUCUCUCGGUUUCAACGCCCCUCCCAGUGGCCGCCAUUGAUCCCCCCACAAUCGCCAUGACCUUCAGUGUCAACGACUCGCCUCUGGCAGGGAGACACGGCACCCAG